AUGUGUGUUGUGGCUCCGUUGGAGAUUCAGAGGUUUUCUGAGUUAGUGAACAAGGCAAGGGUUAUUGAAGAUUAUGCUAAGAAGGUAGCAUUGGCAAGGGAUACUCGUGGAGGCAACAACAGAGGCCGUGGAAAAUAUUUCCAGUCUAGGGGUCAAAACUUCAAAAGAUGUGGACACGCCCCUCAACACCCUCAAGGUCAAGGAAACUUUAAGAGGACUAACUACGAUCAGUAUCACCAGGCGAAGGAAAGAGGACAUAUUACAAAGGAUUGCCUUUAUGGAAGGAAUUUGAAUGUGCGUUGGAACCAACAACAAGACCAAGUGUUUGCUGUGAAUGCCAAUGAUGUUGCUAAGUCAGAUCCUUUGAUGAGAGAUAAAUGUUUUAUUAGUGACAAAGUGUUGGUUACAUUGUAUGAUACGGGAUCAUCACAUUCAUUCAUUACAUUUGAUAAGGCUGCUGAACUAGGGUUAAAAAUCUCGCACUUAGCUUUCGAUUUGCAUGCGCAUACCCUAUCUCAGAUAGUUGUGACUAGAUUAGGUUGUAGGCAAAUACCUUUCAAGAUUGAGGAUAGAUCUUUUGUUCAUGACUUAAUUUGUUUGCCGAUGGUCGAGAGGCACCUCGCUAGGCAUUUGGAGUUCCUAGCACAACGGAGUUGGGAUGUCGCUCCAGGAAUGAAAACCGAUGUGGCGUCCUAUGUAUCUAAAUGCUUAACUGUCAAAAGUCAUAUUCUGGAACCCGAAUCGGUUCAAGUAAGAGAAGAUUUGACACUGCAAGUAACCCCAGUUAGAAUUGAUGACACCAGCAUUAAACGGUUGCGUGACAAAGAGGUUUCACUGGUGAAAGUUGCUUGGAAUUGGGAUGGAAUCAAAGAACACACGUGGAAACUUGAAUCUAAAAUGCGAAAUGACUAUCCACACUUGUUCUCAGAUAGUGAAUAUGUGAUUGCAGAACAAUAUUUGAGGUGA